CUGCGAAGUCUCAGCUGCAGGGUCUUACCUGCUGUGUAGAGGGUCUUCAGGCCCAGAGAGGGACUGCCAACCGCCCCAAGCCACACAGAGAGGCAGGGAAGGGCCAGUGCUAGGUAGGACCUGAAGCAUCAGGGAAACUUCAUUUCAACUCAAAGAAACCUAUGAGAAAAACCGCCGAAUAGCGGCCCUGAACUUAGCCUCCCGCUACGGGCCAGUCUGCAGGACCGUUUCCCGCCUUUGUCAUGGCCAUACCUGCUGCUGCACUAGAACCUCCAAAUUAGUUCUCAAGGUCCUGGCAGACUUGCAUUCGUUUUUGGACUCUGUUUUGGAAUUUGCCGUGAGGCCAGCUGUGAGGCGUCGGGACUGGUUCUCAGGCCCCAGCUGUCCCCUCUAGUCGGUUUAAGUGGAGAGUGCGACCGAGGGAGUGAUCACUCUGCUGCCAGGAUAACUAGAGCUGUUUAGAGCUAACUGGGAAAUGCAGAUAUCAGCUGUCUCCAAGUGUUCCCUUGAUGAAGAGCAGAGAAAUCAGAGAGUUGCACUGCUCCGAAAGAGACACAGAUCUCAGGUGCACGUCACCUCCUCCACUUAAGUGACAAGGCUGUACCUACCCGCCAAGCCAGCAUCUAGAGGGGAAGCUGAUGCAUGGGUGCAGCCACUGGAACUCAAGAUGGGUAGAGGGGGAAUUUCCACUCCUGGACAUCUGCCAUGUGGGAGAUAGAGGUCUGGACUUCGCCUAAAGAUAAAUGAGAUGUGCGAGGAGAACCCAGUGCCUGUGCAAGACUGAGAAAGUGCAAGCCAGAAGAUAAAGGACAUUUAUCUUUUUACGUAUAUGUGGGCAACAGAGCUGGAGAGUGACAAUAACUUGCUCCAAGUCACACGGCCGUAUAGGGACAGUGAUGGAUAAGUCCUUCGACAACGUGACCUAAUCAAGGAAGUCUCUGAUAGCGGCGGCUGGAUGCACAUCGAGUGCAUCGACGUUUUACUUCUCAGGCCUGGGGAAACGAGCAGGAUCAAUCCAUUGCUUUUGCCUGCCAGUAAGUGCUGCGCGCUGAUUGGUCCUGGUUGAGGAAACGGAGAAAUAGGCGUGCAGGUGGGCCCCGCGGCGUGAGGCCGGCGCGCCGGGGUGGGGGGAGCGAGUGCCGGGAAAGACCAUGGCGUCGCUUAGUUGCAGCACCGUCGUCUGCGUGAUCUGCUUGGAGAAGCCGAAGUACCGCUGCCCCGCUUGCCACGUGCCCUACUGCUCCGUGGCCUGCUUCCGGAAGCACAAAGAGCAGUGCAACCCUGAAACGCAUCCUGUUCAGAAAAAAAUACCAGCUCUUACUGCAAAAACUAAAAAGCCCGUGGAAGGCAAAGAUGACGAUGACGACGACUCUGUAGCUGACUUUCUCGAUAGUGAUGAGGAAGAAGAUAGAGUUUCUUUGCAGAAUUUAAAGAAUUUAGGGGAGUCUGCAGCACUGAGAAGCUUACUGCUCAAUCCACACCUUCGACAGUUGAUGGUCAGCCUCGAUCAGGCGGACAACAAGGCAAAGCUCAUGAGAGCCUGCAUGCAGGAGCCCCUGUUCGUGGAGUUUGCUGACUGCUGUUUAAGGAUUGUGGAACCAUCCCAGAAUGAAGAUCCUUAAGAUGGAUUUAUUGUGCUGCCUGCUCAAGCAUGUGCUGGACUCCCAGACCCUGCCUGCUCCUCCCAGGAGACCAGCCAGUGAAGGGUCCAAGCAAGGGUGGCGCUUUCCAGGACAUGGAGCAGCUGACGCCGGGUAGGUCCCGCGCAUCUUUAUCUCUGUGGGCUGUGGUGCAGGCAGGUGGAAGUACUCAAGGUGGCGAACCCUCUGUGGAGCAAGAACUUGACAUUCAAAUGGUUAUUUUUAAAUGUUUUAUUUUUGGUACAGUUAAGACAAGUUUUACACCCACUUGAAUUAAAACUUGCUCAGUGUUUCUAAGUAAAAUUAAGAUGUGGUGGUUCUGUGGUACAUUGCAUUGCUCGUCCUUCUUGAUUCAUAAUGUAAUUGCAUAUAAUUGCUUGAAAUUACAUUAAAUAAAUCAACAAAUAUUUAAAUAGUUAAGGUUUUGUUCCUUUUAAAGGAACUAAAAUGCAAAAUUUCCUCCAGCCAAAAUUUUAGAGCUGAUUUCAAGCUGACUUUGCCUACUGGGUUUGAGGGAGGGGGUACCCACUGUAGUGAUGGCCAGCACCGUGGAGUUGGAUCUCUGAAGGUAGUAAAAUGAAGUUCUCUGUAGCCCUGACGUUUUUUAAUCCUGGUUUGGUAACUACCAACCCUGACAUUUGUCCGGGCUUGAGGUGUAGAUCAGAGCCCCGGGCUCACGGGCACAGCCGCUGGCCUGCAGGCUGGAGCCAUUGCUCUCCCACGGGUGCUCAGGGUCACUGUGGGAGUCGUUUGGCAGCCGUGUGUGGAUUAAAUGUCUUUGGCAAGGCAGCUGGCAGGAAAAGGCCUUGCAGGAACAAAGGCACCAAGGAUGGCGCAGCCAGGUGAGGAUGAAGGUGAGACGAGAUCACACGUGGCCCAGCCUGUGUCUUUCCAGCAAGAUCUGAUUAAAGCCAGUAGCACUGUUGGGCAGCGGUUCAGGGCAGAUAUCAGCAUAGCGUAGUGGAGACUUCCUGCAGUGAAACUUUAUCGAGCCCUGGGGAGAGAGAUGCAGCUUAACCCCGGCUCCCACGGGUGCCAGGGCCAAAGGUACCUCCCAGAGCAAAUGCUAGAAAUGUAGGGAGUGGGGACACAUAGGUACUGGGGAGAGUCACAGCGGUAGCAGGAUUGAGUUACUAAGUGUUUUUUCUCCUUACUCUUAAACAGUGGCAGAGCCCAAAGCAGUAUUAAAAUGUAAAGUUCCACACCCACUCAGACAGAUGAGGAGACACUAGGAGGGAUCGCUCCCCUAUUAGGAGUAUCGCCUGUCAUAUUCUUAUGAAGGCUCAGAGCUGGAAAGAUGAAAGAUUACACUUCUGUUUACGCUCUGGCUGGCCUGUGUGUGGUCUUGGAAAUUUCAUCCAGAUUAUGUCCUAUAGGAAUCACUCUCGUAGGAAAUCCAACAUUUCCUUCCUUCUGGCUUGCCAGUGUCACUUAAUCCUUGCUGUGGCCCCAUGUAGUAGGUUGAUUGAGUAUUAGCCCAUUUUCUGUGCUGGCUGGCUCUUUUUCCUGGUGGCCCAUAACCUAAAAACACAGCACUCAGACCACUGACUCACCUGCUUGUCAUCUCCUCAGCUGGAAGAGGAUAAACCAAGGAAUAUAACUUGAGGAAAACAUGAUACCAAAUCCACUGCCAUUGGAGGGAAAUAAGCUGUCAUCACAACCCCAAUUUUUUGAAAGUGGGACUGACGUAAAGGUACAGAGGUGAUACUAAGACACAUAGAAGCAGUUUUAAAAAGUGAAAGGGCUCUGGGAAACUCCUGGUCGUAAUGCUGGGAACAGUCCAACCUGCAGCCAUCAGGGAGGCACAGGCUUCUGGUUUCGCCAGCAGGGUUAGGACGGCUCUUGUCCCAGCCUCGGUCCUGCUCCUGCUGUGGACUCGCAGGCUUUGCCCCCCACCCCUCCACAGUGGGGUGUGAGGGACCCGGAGCUGUCGUGGCAGGACGUUGUCCCGUCACACGGCUUACCUGAGGCAGUGCUCGGAUGGACAUGAUACCAGCUUGUUCUUGUGCUGUCUGCGCCUGCACAGUGUAGCCACUGGGGCUGCCCACAGGGAGCUGGAGGCAGGCAAAGACCACCAGUUUCCUCGGAAAGCCAUGAACACCCACAGCCGCGUUGGCCAGGACCAGUCCCAGGGGCCAGAGGUGGGUUACUGCCCGCAGGAGCUUGGUCUGUGCCAGGGGCGGUGGGAAGGAGCUUGGGGAACGAGGAGCUUGAGAUGAGUGUUUUUCUUCCACACCAUCCAGUUCUUUAGAAGCAAGGAAGGCCAUUCUGAUCUUAAAAAGAGAACACGACUUUAUAGCUAUCGAUUUACUAGGUCUCUUAACGGAAAACAGAAACCAAACAUAGUAUUUGGUUAUAUAGUGUGUAUAUAUAUAUAAUUAUAUGAAAUAUAUAAUUAAUAUAACAUUCAGCUUAACAAGGUGACGCUGUUAAGGGCACCUGGCUCGGUGUGGCACAACUUUAUACCCAAGGCAGCUGUGCUUAGGCCUUACACACGCUGCCUUAGAAAACACUAGCCUUGGGGGUGUGCUCAGAGCAGGGGGCCUGAAGAGAUGGCGCCUCUGUUCACAACACACCCGACAGGAAUCUGGGCUCGCUGUGACAAGGGGCCGCAAACUGGGGGCCUUCCUAUGAACACAUAUGCUACACGUGUCCCCCUGCACCUCCACAUGGCUGCUGGGCAGGACCAGUGGGACAGGGCUCACUACUGGAAGAAAAGCCACAGUAUUUAGUGGGGGAAUUUGCCACCCAGAGCCUGUCUGGUCCAUGCAUGGGCGGGCCAAGAGUGGUCUUACAGACAUGAAGGCUUUGAACCUCCUUUCAAGGGAAAAGAGAGAUUCCAUAUGCUAUUCUGAAGGACAGAAGGUUUUUAGAGCAGUGAAACUACUUUAUGACAUUAGAACAAUGGCUAUCUUUGUCAUUAUACUUUUGUCCAAACUAAGGAGGACUGUGGACUUUGACUAUGAUGUGUCAACGUACGUUCAUCCUUGGCUUAAAAAAAGAAAAAGUACCACUCUGGUAAAUAAAAAUAAUGACUACACAUAUGUGUGGAGAGGGGUAUAUGGGAAAUUCCUGUACCUGCCUGUCAAUUUUGUUGUAAAUCUAAAACUGCUGGGGGAAAAAAAGAGUCUUAAAAACAAGGAAACUCAGGGUAGACAUUUUGGGCAAAACUUUGGUUUCAGUUAUAUACGUGUAUGUGUGUGUGUGCUGGAUUGUGAUGUAAAAUGUAUCUUUUAGGUCAAAAAGGUUUGUAAGCCACUGUAGUUAAGUUGCACUGGCAAAUAAAAGCAAAAAUUAACCCCCCAAAA